AUGCCGCAAGGCUCACUACAGCUGGACCCAGCUCUGUCGCCACCAUGGUAUAAACGAGCGCAGCCAGACUCAGAUAACGACGAAUUCAACCCCGACGCAUCUGUGACCCACGAGUUUCUAGCCGGCGUCUCAACUCCUCUACACGUGAAUUCAGGCAAGACCGUUAUGAUGAUUUCUCCAAUGAAGAGAUUAGAUAGACUACACAUUUCGCACAAUGACCACAGCCAGCUCAAGGGUUCUGACGAAGACAAAGAUGUGGACAGUGGUGAUCUUGCUGCAAACCAGACCAUCUUAACGGAUUACUCAAGUGAGGAAUCUGUCACUGAUGACGGUGAGCAAAGGCUCCCACCCAUUUUUGUUAGAAAGAGAAAACACGAUACAUCUCUGGAUAUGAUUUUGACGCCGGCAUUCGACACUGGGCGAAUACGAGACACCGAUGCCUCGGCUAAAAGCAUGUCCAUCUCAAGCAACAUCACUAAUGACUCCCUCCUGAAAAUCAGCUUUUCAAGUUCCUACUCCACUCCGUGUCCCUCACAGCCCCGAAAAAAGCUUAAGUUCAAAGAUGAUGUUACACCUUCGCAACCGUCCAAAAUCAAAAGGCCCUUGCUCAACUUGUCUUGCUCGAAGAAGGUUUCAGCUGGUUCUGAACCUCUCAUUGACAAGCUCAACAACGCAGGCAAUGACAACUCAAGCUCCUUCACUGACGACUCAGUGUCUCCAGGGCGUGAGGCUAACCCCAAGCACGAGUCCACUCCAAUUAGCCAAUCUACUCCUGCAAAUUCUCGUGCUCCAUCGCCCUUCACUGAAGAUACUUCUGAAAGUUUGAAUGGCUUCUCAUUUGCGAAACCGCAACAAGACAUCCACUUCAAAUACGAGACUCCCCAGGCCCGCUCUACUGCGACAUAUUCUUCACACAAGCCUUCUCAGCAGUUGAAGAAUGCGUACAAUAAUGGCGACUUUGCUGGGGUUACCGGUGGGAAGUACGAGAUAUUGGGUAAGUUUCCUGUGUCCGCAGCUGGUUUGAUGGACGAAGACGACAGUGACUUACAUGUUGGCGAUAAACGCAUCAACGAUCCAUACCUUCAGGCGCCCCUGCUGGAACUCUCAGAUUAUGAUGAUGGCGACAGAGAACGAGUGAGACUGGAGUACCUCGGCUCCACUGAAAAACUUCCGUUGCUUUUGCACUUUGAGUGUGAACUUUCCAAAGAAGAGAUGCUUGAGCUCAUUCAAGACUCUACCUCGGUAUCUGCAUUCUACGAAUACAUCUGUGAGCCUAAAUCGCUAAAAUCAUUGCUAAAAAAAGAACGUCUUCGCUGGCAUCCUGACAAAUGGAAUACCAGAUACAAAACCUCCAAAUUUGACGAGGAAAUUAUUCGCAGCCUAAGCCAAGUCAUCAAUUCCCUUAUAGAAAAUUCAUAG